AUGGGAAUCCCAAUUGUUCCCAAAUCGACUAAAAUCCUAGUUAUAGGUGGAGGUCCUGCCGGGGCAUAUACCGCUUCUGUUCUUGCCAGAGAGGGAUUUCAAGUGACUGUUUUUGAGAAAGACCAUUUUCCGAGAUACCAUGUUGGAGAAAGUAUGCUACCCUCCUUCAAUGCUUUCCUUGAAUUCGUUGGCGCGAAAGAAAAGGUCAAGAAAUGCGGCUUCGUUAUGAAGCCUGGAGCAGCAAUCAAGUUAAAUCAAUACAAGAGAGAAGGAUACACCAAUUUUAUCCAAUUCAACCUCGAGAAUAGUGCCUGGAACUUAUUACGUUCUGAAUUUGACGACCUUCUACUGAAGCACGCCGCAGAAUGCGGCGCUCAAGUGCACAAUGGGGUGAUCAUCGACGAAAUCCAUUUCUCGAAGACAGACAAAACUCGCCCCAUAUCAGCUUCUUGGAGCUCAAAGUAUGGUAGUCAAACCGGUACUAUUUCCUUCGAUUGGCUGGUAGAUGCUUCUGGACGGAAUGGCAUAAUGUCGACAAAAUAUUUGAAGAGCCGCAAAUUCAACGAGUCUCUUCGCAAUAUUGCGACCUGGGGAUACUGGAGAGGUGCUGGUGUUUAUUCACCUGGAACCGAUCGGGAGAACGCUCCUUGGUUUGAGGCUCUCACAGACGAAACGGGAUGGGCUUGGUUCAUACCCCUUCAUAAUGGCACGGUGUCGGUCGGAGUUGUCGUAUCCGAGAAAUCAAAUCGUAUCAAAAAAUCUAGGAUCCAAGCCUCCUCCGACAAAGACACCACUGUGGCCCACUAUCUCGAGCAACUCAAGCUGGCACCUGGAGUCCUACGCCUUCUUGGAGAUGCCACGUUCAAUGGUCUAACCAGAAGUGCCGGCGACUACAGCUAUUCUUCGAAGUCGAAUCACUAUGCUGGAAACCAUUAUCGCAUUGCAGGAGAUGCUGGCGCCUUCAUUGACCCUCUAUUCUCAUCAGGAAUUCAUUUAGCGUUUACGGGUGGACUCGCAGCAGCAGCUUCAAUUGCUUCCUCUAUCAGAGGGGACUGCACCGAAGCCGAAGCAAUUGCAUUCCACAAUGCCAAAAUAGGAACGGCUUACACCAGGUUUCUUGUUGUGGUGUGGGCGGUAUACAAGCAGAUGAAGUCCCAGACAGCGCCGAUCCUCGCUGAAGUUGACGAGGACAACUUUGACCGUGCAUUUGAUUUCCUUAGACCAGUCAUUCAAGGAGGAGCAGAAGCUGACCCUCAUCUCACUGAAAACGAACUGAACGAAGCGCUCGAAUUUUGUGAGCAUGGCGUCGGUCCUGCAAGUCCAGAUCUUUUUGCGAACGUCGCUCAACGUAUUGACCCAGAGCUACUCACUCCUAAUGCUCCUUUGAUGAGCGCGAAGGAAGUCGAUGCAAUCACCGGAGAAGACGAAGAAGCCAAACAAGUUCUUCGAAAGCAUAACUCUAACAAGGCUCUCAGUAUCGCGUUUGAUUAUCAGCACAAUUUUCGCAAUGAGAUUCUGAAUGGGAUGUAUGUACAUUUAGAGAAGGGGGAGCUUGGUUUACGACGUAUAUGCGACUGA